AUGAGCUCUUCUAGACUACGAGGGGCUCAGGUAGGGCGACCGCCCAACCAGACAGAAUGGGUGUCCUGGAAGUCAUGGAAUACACUUGCUCUUGAUAUUGUGAAUCUUCCGAGGGAGGUCAACACUCACGAUUUACACGAUGCGCUGUCAAAGGAAGGGACGAUUAUGUCUAUUGAUAUCUGGGAGCUCAGGCCGGGGGACAGACAAACCAGAGGACGCAUUCGCUUCCGACCUCCGCCUGCAAACAGUGACUGGAUUCACAGUCCAUAUCUCAUCAACCUGCGAAGCGGGGGCACUCACUACCUCAAAUUCCAAAUCUGCACAACUCAUUUGGAGAAUCUUCCAAGCCCAGUCCGACCGGGUGUUCAGUUGCCUAUCGAAAAUGAGUUGAGAUCAACCCAAGUGGACAUUGGCGUCUUGCUGAAUGAGUCCAAGGUGCAUUCCAUGCAGACCUUCGCAGCGAAUGCUCACCCAAGAUUUGUAGUGGAUGUCAAGAAAAAGUGCAUCUUCAUUUACUUCAAAGUGGCUCUUCGAGGUUCCAUAUCCGGACCAGAACCAGCCUUUGGAGAGCUCACUCAGCAUGACUAUCGCCUUAAGAUCACUUUCCUUCAAUUAUCUGAGGUCUUUGAACAGUUUGACAAGAUCUCACAGCAAGCCUCCCUUCUGAUUGUCCUUGACUCCUCCGUGAUUUGCCACCGCAAAGUAAAAAACAUCCAAAUGACCUUUACUGAGCCCCGAAGCUGGAGGGAAGAAGACACCUGGUACCGCCAGACAGCGGUCGCCCAUAACCCGAUCUUUCUCAAGAGCGUCACCACUAAUCUGAAGAGACAUGGUCAAGUAAUUGAUCUUGGGAGAUGGAAUGUCUUCAAGAUCACCUUUGCGCCAGAGCAGAUCAUAGAACCUAGACUCUCCGCGGGUCCUGCUGAUCCCCUCGGACUGGUCCGUGAUAUCUUCCAGGACUACAAUAUCACUCUCAAGGAUGGAAACCAUUUCACUGAGAGUCCAGAUCGACCGGUCCCGGUGUGGCAAUGGAUAGACUUUUCGGAAUCCGCGUCUACGAAGGCUUCUGCUUUGCUGAAAGACUUGGAGGACAACAGUUACGAGCAUCUCUCAUUCGCCAUUCGUUAUCAGCUUGAGGUUUGCUUGUCACAAGGAUACCUCUCUGAAUACACCAUGACUCGUCAGUUCAUUCAAGAACUAAAGAGCCUUGGGGAUACACGAGCACGACACCUGCUUGAGUUUGUGGCGUCUGAGAAAAAAAAGUAUCUUGAUCCUAUGAAAAUCUUCAAACUCAAAUACUUCAGGGGUGUUACAGGCUCGAAGAUUCCAAGUUAUUGCUGCCACAUGCACACGGCGCGCAUUACCCCCACAACGAUUUACUACAGUACUCCAACUGUCGAUAUCUCUAACCGAGUGGUCCGACAAUGGUCCGACAGUCGCAAGGCAGGCCGCUUCCUUCGUGUCCGAUUCACAGACGAGAAGACAGAGGGACGCAUCAAUUCAUCGAUUGGAGAUUCCAACGACGAGAUAUACACGCGGGUCAAGAGGACGCUAGCAAAUGGCAUCACUAUUGGCGAUCGUCACUACGAGUUUCUCGCGUUCGGUAACUCCCAGUUCCGUGAGCAUGGUGCAUACUUUUUUGCAGCAGAUGCGGGCAUUUCAGCGGCGACAAUUCGAGCCUGGAUGGGCCAAUUCAGCCAUAUUCGCAAUGUCGCCAAGUACGCCGCCAGACUAGGUCAGAGCUUCUCGACCACUCGGGCAUUCACCUUUUCUUCGGUGCAGACUGUCACCUGCGAGGAAAUCGCCCACAAUGGAUGUACAUUCUCAGACGGUGUCGGAAAGAUCUCAACAUUCCUGGCUCGGCUCUUGACCGAGGAACACAAUAUCAAGACUUCAAAUGGAGAACCUCCUUCAGCUUAUCAGUUUCGUCUCGGUGGAUCCAAAGGAAUGCUUGUUAUCUCUCCGGAUCCCCUGCCGCAAGAAGUUCACCUUCGACCAAGCCAGCAAAAGUUCGAAGCGACCCAUAACGGGUUGGAGAUCAUCCGCUGGUCCCAAUUCUCACUUGCAACUUUGAAUCGCCAGUUGAUCCUCGUGCUCGGUGCAUUGGGAGUCAAGGACGAGGUGUUCCUACAGAAACAAAAUGUAAUGCUCAACAGCUUCCAGGAAGCCAUGAGUAGCGAUGCCAAGGCCACGGCAUUGCUUCAGAAGUACAUCGACCCGAAUCAGACUACCCUCAUUCUGUCCAAGAUGGUCAACAACGGCUUCCGAAUAACAAAUGAGCCCUUCAUGAACACCAUGCUUGGCCUCUGGAAAGCUUGGCAUCUGAAGAACCUCAAAGAAAAAGCCAAGAUCGUCAUAGAUUCGGGUGCAGAUCUGCUCGGAUGUAUUGAUGAAACCGGUACUCUGGAAGGUCACUAUCUGAGUAAGAUCUCUGCUGCCCAAACACACGAAGAAAAAUUGGCCGCCUUGCCCGAGAUCUUUGUUCAGAUCUGCCGUGAGGACCAAGAUGGCCAGUACGAGGUUAUUGAGGGUCUCUGUAUCCUGGCGCGGAAUCCCUCACUUCAUCCGGGCGACGUGCGCGUUGUUCGAGCAGUCAAUAAGCCAGAGCUGCGACACCUUCGAGACGUCGUUGUUCUUCCACAGAAAGGCGAUCACGACGUCGCAAGUAUGUGCUCCGGAGGAGAUCUGGAUGGCGACGACUACCUGGUCAUCUGGGACCGCGACCUGAUCCCUGAGCGGUGGUUCACCGAAUCUAUGGACUUCAAGUCUAAGAAAGCACCGGACCUCAACCACGAGGUGACUGUGGAUGAAGUGACUUCUUUCUUCGUCACUUACAUGAAGAACGACUGCUUGCCGAGGAUUGCGCACGCCCACAUGGCCUGGGCUGAUACCAACAGAGACGGUGUCUGGUCUGAGAAAUGUUUCCGUCUGGCCAAACUGCAUUCCGAUGCUGUCGAUUACAACAAAACGGGUGGACACGCGACCAUGACCCGGGACCUGGUUCCCAAGAAGUGGCCACACUUCAUGGAAAAGCGUUUCAAGAGAGAUGAUGCCAUCUACCACUCUGACAAGGUUCUCGGCAAGCUAUACGACGUUGUCAUCGCUCCCGACUUCGUGCCGAAUCUUUCGAUGCCCUUCGACUCGCGUAUCUUGGACAAUGAACUGAUCCCUGCCAGCAACAGCUACAUGGACACGGCCCGAAGUCUCAAAUCAGAAUGGGAUAUCAACAUGCGUCAGGUGAUGGCUCAGUAUGAAAUCAACACUGAAUUCGAAGUCUGGUCCACUUUUGUUCUUCGCCAUGGCUUUGUGCUUAAGGAUUUCAAAAUGCAGGAAGACCUAGGAAGAAUCGUCGGGACCAUGCGUCGUGGGUUCCGUCAAGCUUGUUACGACAAAGCUGGCCCAGACAACAUCGCCUUCCUGGUCCUUGCCAUGUACCGCGUGACCGAAGAGCAAAUGUCUACCGCUCUGAAGGCCCAACAAGAAGAGAAAGAGCGACGCAAAAACAUUAUCGAUAUCGACUUGCCUUCCACCGAACUCCCACUCAUCAGCUUCCCUUGGGUGUUCCCGGAAGUCCUGGGUGACAUUGCAAUGGGGAAAGUCAAAGUUCCCGAACUCAUCUCAGGUGUCAACUCCGAGGCUCAGGCUGCAGGCCCAAUCGGUGUGGCUCCCAUGUUCGAUUGUCUUCAAGCUCGGGAGAUGUUGGACGACAUGCGGCGCGAGUCCCCAGCCUCGUUUGACCUGGACGAGGAUCUGAUGUCUUUGAACUUUGUUGAUGAAUUUGCUAGUAAGCCUAACCGCAUCCCUACACUUGGUGAAGACCGGGACUCGGGGGUGUUCUUUGCAGGACAAUCAGGUGACGAAGAAGGUGGUGAGGAUGGUGGAGUUCACUUAGCCGAUCAGGACAUUGCACACGACCGAGCCGUCGAGCCAGAAGCCGACAAGAUUGAAAAUGCGAAUGUGAAUGUGAAUGUGAAUGGAAAUGGAAAUGCGAACGCGAGUGCAGGAGAGAAAGAAGGAGAGAGAGAGGGAGAAGGGGGGAGAGAGCAGCUGGACAUGGUCGAGCAGGAAGGAGACAUCAAGGCUUCAGCGCUGGAUGCACUCCUCAGCAUGAUCAACAACUAG